AUGGAUGGUGAUUUUUGUUUGAGGAUCGAUGACUUAGGAGGAAAAAUAUUUGGUGCUAUUGUAUCGUUUACAUUUGUAAUAGUUGAUUCAAAUAGAAGAAAUCGAAUCUUAGAAACUGAAUUGGCCGCCGAAAAAGAUAAAUUGAAAAGGUUUGAUGAAGUGAUUUCUAAACUGACCAAAGAUGCUAAGGAACAAUCAGGUCAAGAUGUCAUAACUUUGAAAAAUAAUGAACAUUUAGAUGCAACUGAUAAUUCUUUAUCAGUUAAGGAACAAUCCAUUCAAGAAACUUUAGAAAUUAAAGAAAAUUCUGUUGAAAACGGUAAAUCUUUGGAAAUUAAGGAGCUCCCAGAUCAUAUUAUAACUUUAAAGGAUGAACCUUUAAACAAAAAUUCUAAACCUUCAGAAAAUAAUAAAGAGUCAAGCUAA